AUGCUUAGCCCACUCAAAACAACAAAAUUGGACGACGAGCUGUUUAGUACUGGUAAACAACGUUUGAAGAUGCAUUUGUUGUCGCCAUCUGCAUCUAUAACUUCAAUCAGAGAGACCCUCAGUUCGUCUACAUCUACAGUUACAUCCACAGAAGGCAAAACUUCUGUUUCUGAUGGAUUGCAUACUUCAAAUAAAAAGGAAGAACAGAAAAUCGCUGCUCAACAGGACCUUUGUAAAAAAAGACGCAUUGUUAUGACUGAUUCUUCUUCCAAAUCUCAACAGCAGUUACUCAAAGAAGAAAUCGAAAAAGAACUGGAAGAAUACUUUUCGUAUUUGGAUAAAAAUUUGAAUGCAACUGAUCUGACUCUGAGCCAGGAAGAUCCAUCACACUUCUGGGUUCAAAAUUCAUUGCGAUUUCCAUACUUAAGCAAAACUGCAUUCGACUUUUUAGCCAUUCCGGCCACAUCGGCCUCAACUGAACGGCUUUUUUCUGGGGCUGAGCUGAGUACCGAUGGAAAUCGAGGAAACAUAGGUCCAAAAUUACUCGAAUCUGAGGCUUGCGCCAAAUAUAACUACAGGGAACUAUUUAAGGACUUGUAA